GGCAUCCAGAUCACCGGCUUAUCCAUUAGCACCGGCGAGGCCCAGGCCUCCCUCAACGUGACUCGCCGCUGCUAUAACAGCAAGGGGAGCGUCAUCAGCCAAGGCGGCCCGGUAGCUGUACCACUCGUUGGGACCAACCUCCUCUUCUCGGACACCAAGAACCGCCUCGUCGUGCUGGGCUGCCCCAACCUCGGCUACUUCAACGGCAUUGACGGCUACUACGUCAGUGGCUGCAUGGCCGUGUGCCGGCCACGGAAAUCCACUGCAUCAGGAUCCUGCACAGGUGUCGGCUGCUGCCAGAGCAUGAUACCCCCUGCUGUCGACUACUAUCAGCCGUACCUGCUCGACAUCCCAAAGAGCAAGGGAGACCUGAUCAUCUAUGUAAACAGUGUGACCUGCCGGUAUGUGUUCUUGGUGGAGGCGACGUGGUUACAUACCAACUACACCAGCAAGAACCACAACAAGACCGACGACUUCGCCGUGCCUGUCGUGCUCGACUGGGCUGUCCGGAACGUGGAAAACUGCAGAGGCGCUAGGAAGAAUGCAACCACAUAUGCAUGCCGGAGCAUGCUCAGCAAGUGCGUUAACUCCAAAAACGGCGCUGGGUACCGUUGCGGCUGCUCCAAGGGAUAUGAGGGCAACCCCUAUUUAUACGAUGGAUGCAAAGACAUCAAUGAGUGUGAGCAGAAAGGAAAACACGCAUGCUACGGGGUCUGCACAAAUACGCCCGGAAGCUACACUUGCCAAUGCCCUCCUGGGACUAGUGGAGAUGCCACCGUGAAGAAUGGUUGCCAGCCAAAGGACAGUUUCACUUUAGCCGUGAAAGUAGUUACAGGAAUCAGCCUUGGAGUGUUCUUGCCAUUUUUCAUGUGCUUCUGGCUCUACUUGGGACUCCAGAAGCGGAAGCUUAUCAGAACAAAGCAGAAGUUCUUCGAGCUAAAUGGAGGCAUCUUCCUGCAGCAGCAAAUACAUAGCUACAAUGGCAACAGCAAAGGCACUGGUGGGUUCAAGAUCUUUUCCAAGGAAGAGCUGGAGAAAGCGACCAAAAACUUUGCAGCCGACCGUGUUCUCGGCCAUGGAGGACACGGCAUUGUCUACAAGGGUGUCCUUGAGGACAAGACAGUGGUGGCGAUCAAGAAGUCAAAGAUGAUGGAAGAGGCCCAGACCAAAGAAUUCGCGAGGGAGAUGUUCAUCCUCUCCCAGAUCAACCACAGGAAUGUCGUCAAGCUGCUCGGAUGCUGUCUCGAAGCAGAAGUGCCCAUGCUGGUGUACGAGUUCAUCUCAAAUGGCACCUUCGACCAACACAUCCAUGGUGGCAAGGGUAUCAACUCCGACACAGCUUUUGGCACCUGUCUUCGGGUAGCAGUAGAGUCAGCCGAGGCAUUGGCGUACAUGCACUCUUCGGCCUCGCCGCCAAUCAUCCAUGGAGACGUCAAGACAGCAAACAUUUUGUUGGAUGACAAGCUCACAGCAAAAGUUUCUGAUUUUGGAGCAUCAAAAUUGGCACCAACUGAUGAGGCCACGAUUGCAACGCUGGUGCAAGGAACUUGUGGUUACCUUGAUCCAGAAUACCUAAUAACAUGCUUGCUGACUGACAAGAGUGAUGUGUACAGCUUUGGCGUCGUCCUAUUGGAGCUUCUAACUAGGAAGAAGGCGUUGUACUUGGACGGGUCGGCAAAAGAUAGAAGCCUCGUUUUAUGCUUCAUGACGGCAGCGAAGGUAGGUCAGCACCAAGAGCUUCUGGACAGACAAGUGAGGGAUGAGAUGAGAAUCGAAGUGCUCGAAGAGAUCACGCACCUCGUGAUAAGAUGCUUGAACAUGAGUGGGGAGGAACGGCCGACGAUGAAGGAGGUUGCGGAGAGGCUGGAGAUGCUGAGGAGAUACCAGCACCAUCCGUGGGCUCAAGCGGAUGGGAAUCCGGAGGAGCAGAGCUUGCUUGUUAUGAACCAACAGAAUGUGACUUACAAGUUCACGCAGGAUUACAUCCUUGAUUUUUGAAGGAAGUACAUUCAGCUUUAGGUCGUAAAUCCAACUAUUUUGUAUCAUUAUUUCUGCACAUUCCCUUAUAUAUGAAUUCUUUUGGAUGUAAGAAAACAAAUGCACAUAUGAUGGUGGCCGAAAACUGAACACUGCCAAGAUCUAACCUCACAGGUUUCACAAUUCAGUGAAAUUCUAGAAAUGUUCCAGAUCAAUACUCCAAGUAUGUAGCUAUGCACAUUAAUUAAAUUUUAAAAACUAUGCUCAUUAAUUGGUUAAAAAAAUCAUCUUAAUUAAAAGACAUUUAAAACAAUAAAAGAACAGCAAUUUUGUAUUUGUUAAAUUCCGUCCAAAUUAUUCAUAAUAGAAUAACAAUACAGUGCAAGAUAUACACAACAAACAGAACAGGGAAAUCCAACACCAUCGGUUUCAAGCCUAUGGCAUUUCAUACCUGCGAAGCUGCAACCAAUGUCGAGCCUGUGUGCACGACGCACGAUUCACUCGAACAGCCACCAGAAAAGCAUUUAAAUUAAGAUAGCCUCCACCAGUUGAUCCGUGCAGCUCUGAUUGACCAAAGACGGGGAGCUUGGGCACUAACGCUCCAUUAAAGGCUAGACUGCUUUGCCUCCGGCUGGCAGGCAGAAAGGUUCGUCACUGCUGUGAAUAGAGGUGGUGAAUCUAAAGAAGAGUUCCUCUACCGGAUCAGAGACUCAGAGGGGCAGAAUAGUUCUGCUUGCUGACAGGUAGGGGUCCGUGUUUAU